AUGGGAUUCUCAAUCAAAGAUGCGCACGCUGCCCAAAACCAUCUGGUUGGACGCCACGGCGACGGUCUCAAGCUGGCCGCCCUGAUUCUCUCUCGAGAUCGCUACAAUGUAAGUAUCGCCGGGAGUGGGUGCAAUUGGAGGUUUGACAUGCACGCAGACACCGCUUCGGUAUAUUGUACGGUCGUACCGUCUCAAAAAACCAACUCGAUCGAGUGGAACGACCCCGCCCUGGAUAUGGCAAACCUUCGUUACCAUGUGGGAAGGGACGUGGCAGUUGUGAUCGGCGCGACGCGGGCCAAGUCCAGCCCACCGGUAGCGCCAGACGCGUUUUUGAAUUGGCUCCGCUUGGCGACGAUGAACAUUCGUGGCCUCACCUACCCUUCCGGCUUAUCCCCACACCACAUGGGGACUUGA